UUAAAAUUACGUAUAUAAUAAUUGUAGUUUCAGUUAUCAAGAAUCUUGAUUGAUUUUUCGUGUCUUGCCUUGAUCUUGGAGCACAAAUCUAGUCUCGUCUCGAUUUUAUCAAGUACAAAAAAUUUGUGAUUUCGUCUUGAAAAAUCAAGACAAGACGAGACAAGAUCUUGAAAUUUCUUGUCUUGUCGUCUAUCACUAUAAAUAGAAAAAAUAUGAGAAAGCAGGCUUUUUAUAUAACGAAAAUAAUCAAUGAAGAAGACAAACGCGUUAAUUUAUAAGAAAAAUUUUUACAUAUUAUUAUAUUGUGUUUGCGUAUAUAAUGGUUACGAUAUUUUUAUAUAAGAAUCUAUGUAAACGUGGCGGACUUUUCGAGAAACUCUCUGCGUGUUUGAACGAAUAUUAUCUCACUAUACUCUUGGCGGCGAUAUAUGUAGGAAGAAAUGUCGGCGUUAAUUUUUUCGAUGCCGGUCAAAUGAACUUCUCGAAAGCCGAUUGCUCAACGUCGUCGCGUGUUUUUUGUCGAUGUAAUAGCUAUUCGUUUUGCGACCGUUUUUUAAAAUUAUUGACUCUGUAUCUUACGAUUGUUAGCGGUAAUACUUAAUUUUUACAUACAACUGGCGUUUGCAACCACGAAUUUAUAUCGAUUAGAAUGUAACUCGUUUUUUAUUGUACACUAAAGAUGACGACAAAAAAUGGUCGAAAUGAUCGAAAAUUGAAUAAAGAUUGUUUAUAGAUAUAAGACAGACAGAAUAAAAUUUUUUUGCGCAUUGAUUUCUGUAUGUAUAAUAUAUAACUUUCCAUUAUGAUUUUAACUGGCAAUCUCCCUUUAUUCUACAGAAACGCAUUACAAGAGAAGAGAUAUUGUGGAAAUGAUCUUCAUAAAAAUGUAUAAAGGUUCCAUAAAUUUAAAAAAAGACACAAACAAUUUAAAUUUAAUAUACGAUUCGAUUCUUAAUAUCAUAUACGCUUUCCCCGAAAUAAUAUACCUCUCUAAGUCACUGCUAUUGUUUUGAUACCAACACAGAGAAUUUAGUACGUAUUGAAUUCUCGAUCGAUACACAUCGUCUCUCGACUCACCACACGACUUAAUUUCAACGUACCUGUGUAAUAAAGUAAAGUUCUGUGGUGUGUUUAAGUUGACUAAUUUUUUCUAGAUAUGAGCAUCUUUCUCAUUAACGAAUUCUUCUUACUAGGCCUUGCCAUGGUCACGGUACUGGAUGUUCUAGUACUGGGUACACCAAAAACCACAAAAAUUGUAGACAAGAAUCCGCCCCCGACGAUGUGCAACUACAGCAGAGCUAAUUCAAUAUUGAAAGCUCGAUGCUCCAAUCGAAAUUUGCGGAAAAUCCCUUUAGAUUUGAAGGCGAAUAUACAGGUGCUGGAUAUGAGCGGGAGUCAUUUGAUGGUACUGACGAAUAAAAGUCUGCAUUCUUACAAGAAACUGGCCUACAUUGAUCUAGGUAACAAUUUCAUCCAUGAAAUUGACGAGGUAGCCUUUGCCAAUCAGCCGUAUUUAAAGGUGCUGAAUCUCACGAAGAACCUUCUCCUUACACUGCCCAAAAGUAUCUUCCAAUUGCCGUAUCUUCGUACGCUCUAUCUCGGCGACAACGAUCUCAUCGAUUCCGCGUUUAAGGUGAAGGUCACUUCGCCCCUUAGACUGCUGCAGCUGUUCAAGAACAAGCUAACUGCGAUCCCAAACAUAGGCGUCCAGCCGACUCUCCUUAAUCUCAACGUGUCCGACAACGAAAUCACCUCGAUCAGCACCGAAGAUCUGGCGCCUUUUUGCUCGCUGAAGAAGCUCGAUCUGACCAGGAAUAGGAUUAGAUUCAACGCGAGCAGUUGCGAUUGUCAGACGUUCAUCGCCUGGGUAAAGUUGCGUCAGAUCAAGAUGAAGCCCAACAACCUCUACGAUUGCACCGUUUCACUGGCAGCUUUGAACGAGGCUUGCGCCAACGUAAGAUUCAGCAAUCGGACGUACGAGCUGUUCGACCAGUGCUCGGCCAUGAUACCGCAGAAGAUAGAGACCGAGGAAGUUGGAGCGGUCUGGAUAAGCGUCGCCUUAUGCAUUAUAGUGCUCCUCUUUGUGGUGUUUAUGGCGUUGUUUUACGUGUACAAGCGAUACCGUAGAGAGCAGAUGGGGGAACUAAUAGCGAACGAUUUCGUCGAGCUGUACCGACAGUAACUUGACUGUAAUUAGUGAAACAGCUCUUUGACGGCAGAAACAUUAUUUAUCUCUUCUAAAUAUAUAUUCGAUUAAAUGCUCUGUGAAUUUUGAGUCGAUUAAACUCUUUCUAUAAACACAAACACUACAGUUCUUGCUCUCUUUCUCUUUUUUUUAGUUAUAGCAAAACAUCGUUUAUUUGAGAAAUAAGUUGCUAAUAAAGAGCGAGAACUAUCGUGCUUGUGUUUAUUGGAAAAGUUUAAUCGAUUCAGGAUUCACAGAGCAUUUAAUCGAAUAUUUACGUGUCAAUGUUUGUAUGUGACCCAUUGUUGUCAUUUUUAAAAAAAUGUGUUACAAAUUUUUUAGAAAGAGUACGCUGGACAUACAUUAGAUAUCCUUGUGCCAUCUUGGUAUACGUAGAUUAAUUCUUCGCGGGGUUGUUUUCUUCAUUGAUUACUUUGAAGCCUGUUUUCUCAUUUUUUUUCAUUCGUAGUAUUAAGCUAUCUCCAACAAUAAGUACCAUUAAAAGUCCAACUUUUUUUUUCAAUAUCUCCAUCUCCGGCUUCUGGAGAUACAUAUAUUAUAUAACCUCUUGAACACAGACGGUAUGAUCAAUAAAAGCGUUAUUAAUUAUCAUUCAGAAAUGAGAAAGACAGUAUCGCGGAGAUUAAUAUAUUUGUACUCUGAUAGUGCAAGGAUGUCUAAUGUUUGUCCAAAGAAUAUCCGUUCUUGGACAUUGAGAUAUUCUUAAACAAUUCAAAUAAGGUCUAUCGGGUAUUCGAUGAACGUCCAUUAGUUGUAUAUUUGUCGCAAUUUGGUCCGUUCACAGGAUGUUCGAAAUAUAGCCAGCUUUGGAUCAAUUAUUGAUUGAUUUUGAAUCUAUUAUGACUGAUUUAGGGUAUCUUUUUUCAAUUGUAAAUUUUUAUUAAAAGUAACAAUUAAAUAAAUUU